AUGGUUAUUGUAAAGGAGGAUGACAAGCCUGUGGAUAUCAUACCUCCGGAAUUUGCAGCACGCACCCUUGUUCAAGAAUAUGGAGGUGGUGCAUUUGCAGUCCAAGAUAAUACUGUUGUUUUCUCAAACUACAAGGAUCAACGUCUGUACAAGCAACCGACUGAAAUUGGAAGUCUGCCCGUGCCUCUUACACCCGAUUAUGGUGCACCUGACGUCAGUUAUGCUGGUGGUGUCUUUGAUCCAUACUUCAGUCGUUAUGUUACUGUGAUGGAAGAUCGGCGAACGAGUAACUUGAAUCCCGCUACAACAAUUGCGUGUAUAAACUUAAGCGGUGGGGAUAUCCAUGAACCGAAGGUGCUGGUCAGUGGGAAUGACUUCUAUGCUUCUCCAAGAAUUGAUCAAAACAAAAAGCGGAUGGCAUGGAUUGAGUGGGGUCAUCCAAACAUGCCAUGGGAUAAAUCAGAACUCUGGGUGGGCUACUUCUCUGAAAGCGGAGAGUUGACCAAACGGGUCUGUGUUGCUGGAGGCAACCCAAUGCUGGUGGAAUCCCUUGCUGAGCCUAAAUGGUCUCCAAAAGGUGUCAUUUGCCAGCUAAAUUUGCCUAUAUUCCUUGUUAUUUUCUCAAAGAUAUGUUACUAUGCUUACUUGGGUGAUAAAGACGUUCCUCGAGAACUGUUUUUCAUAACUGACAGAGAGAGUGGAUUCUGGAACAUUUAUAAAUGGGUUGAACACAGCAAUGAGGUUGUUCCGGCGUACACAUUAGAUGCUGAGUUCACCAGACCAUUGUGGCUUUUUGGCAACAGCUCUUACGCUUUUCUUGGAAAGAGCAAUCACAUCAUUUUAACUUACAGGCAGCUCGGAAGGUCAUAUCUUGGUGUUCUAAAUUGUGAUUCAGGCUCAGUUUCAUUGCUCGACACCCCUUUCUCCGAUUUGUCCAAUGUGGUUGCUGGAAAUGAUUACUUCUAUAUCGAAGGUGCAUCUGCAAGUGCCCCAAUGUCAAUUGCAAAGGUGACUUUGGAUAAGAACAAAACAAAAGCAAUUAGUUUCUCAAUAGUCUGGUCUUCCUCACCAGAUGCUGUGCAGUAUAGACCUUUCUUCAGCACCCCAGAAUUUAUUGAGUUCCCUACAUCCAGCCCUGGGCAGAAGGCGUAUGCCUAUUUCUACCCACCUUUGAAUCCCAUGUUUCAAGGUUUACCAGAUGAAAAGCCUCCAUUGCUGGUCAAAACGCAUGGAUAUGGGAGAGGAUACCGAGAGAGAUUAUUGGGGAAAUGGGGUAUUGUCGAUGUUGAUGAUUGUUGCAGCUGUGCAAGAUUCCUGGUCGAGAGCGGGAGCGUAGAUGAACAACGCCUAUGUAUAACGGGGAGAUCAGCGGGCGGAUACACUACUUUAGCUUCACUCGCAUUCAGAGAUACAUUCAAGGCUGGAGCAUCUUUGUAUGGUUUAAUACCAAACAACUCCGGUAUGGUUGCGAUUGGUGAUUUGUCUUUGAUGAGAGCAGACUCGCAGAAAUAUGACUCCCAUUAUAUCGACAAUCUUGUCGGAGAUGAAAGAGCUUACUAUGAGAGGUCACCAAUCAACUUUGUCAAUAAAUUUACAUGCCCAGUAAUUCUGUUUCAAGGGUUGGAUGAUAAGGUCGUACCACCAAACCAGGCACGUAAAAUAUACCAGGCUUUGAAAGAAAGAGGUCUGCCUGUUGCUUUGGUUGAGUAUGAGGGGGAGCAGCACGGGUUCCGCAAGGUUGAAUACUGUACUAAUAGUUGCCUUUCUACAUCUUCUACCCUGUUAGCCGAAAAUAUCAAGUUUACCUUGGAGCAGCAGAUGGUGUUUUUCGCUCGAUUAGUCGGGAAAUUUGAGGUGGCGGAUGAUAUAACUCCAAUCAAUAUCGAAAACUUCGAUUGA